GGCGGGCUUGGCCGCAGCAAUGGCGGCGCGGGUGGCGCGGGGCGCGCAGAAGGACGAGCUGUAUCGCAGCGCGCUGCGCAGCGGGGCCGGGGCGGCGCUGCACGGGCUGGCGGGUGCCAAGAAGUGGCUGGAGUGGAGGAGAGAGGUGGAACUGCUCUCUGAUGUUGCCUACUUUGUCCUCACCACUCUGUCAGGUUAUCAGACGCUGGGUGAAGAGUACGUUAACAUAGUUCAAGUUGACCCCACGAAGAAAAAAAUACCAUCUUUUCUUCGACGGGCUGUCUUCAUCUCUCUUCAUACUGUAAUACCGUACUUCUUAGAAAAGGGAUUACUGCAUCUGGAACAUGAGUUGCAGACAGAAGCGGACGAGUCCAGAGCCUCGAGCAGCCCGGUGCUUGGCUUAUCCAGAAGGACCUUAAUUCGAAACUGGAUACAGAAGCAAGUUCGGGAGCUUACAGAACAGCAGAAGAAAGUAGUCUUGCAAACGGUGUAUGUUCUGAAACAAUGCAUACCUUUGAUCCAUCGACUGCACCUGGCAGUGUUCUACAUAAGGGGCACUUUCUAUCACCUCUCUAAAAGACUUGCAGGAAUCACAUAUCUGCGUUUUGGAGGAGCGCAAGGAGACGAUCAGAGCAUUCAAACAAGUUACAAGUUUCUUGGAAUAAUUUCACUCUUCCAUCUCCUGCUAACGAUUGGUGUCCAGAUGUACAGCUUCAAACAGAGGCACAGAGCCAGGCAGGAAUGGAAACUACACCGCAACCUGGCGCAUCAGAAAAAUACGACCACAGAAAAAACUACCGGACGCCACUCCUGCUGCACGUUGUGUUUGGAAGAACGGAGACAUACGACAGCCACACCUUGUGGCCACCUCUUCUGCUGGGAAUGCAUCAUGGAGUGGUGUAACACCAGAACAGAAUGUCCACUGUGCCGAGAGAAGUUCCAUCCUCAGAAACUCAUCUACCUACGUCACUAUCAACUGUAAAGGAAAAAACUGUUGUCUUUCACAACAAGGGCCUCAGCUCUCCUACCCUUUGUAAAGUUGUCAUACAGCCUCAGUCAGUCCAAGAAAAAGACUUAUAAUACUGCUAACUGCCUGCAGAAGGUGACACUCAUUCC